AUGGGUGGGUGUAUGGGUGGGUGUAUGUGCGGGUGUAUCACCGGGUGUACAGGUGGGGGUAUGUGCGGGUGUAUGACCGGGUGUACAGGUGGGGGUAUGGGUGGGUGUAUGACCGGGUGUACAGGUGGGGGUAUGGGUGGGUGUAUGACCGGGUGUACAGGUGGGGGUAUGGGUGGGUGUAUGGGUGGGUGUAUGUGCGGGUGUAUCACCGGAUGUAAAGGUGGGGGGAAAGUGCGGGUGUAUGACCGGGUGUACAGGUGGGGGUAUGGGUGGGUGUAUGACCGGGUGUACAGGUGGGGGUAUGGGUGGGUGUAUGUGCGGGUGUAUCACCGGGUGUAA